AUGGCCUGCAUCCAUGAGACUCGCGCCCCAUCUCCCUCCCUCUCCGGCUUCAGCACGCCCAUUUCUGAUCCGCCGUUCCGCCGGCUUGAUGCUGAGACACCCGCUUGCACCCCAGAGACUGACCUGACCCCCACCCAAUGCGUCCUGAGAAACGUCAUUUCCAUCGACACCGGUGGUGCUUUGGAGCCUGGGGAGGGUGGAGGAGGGGGCGGAAGUGGCCACAGUCCCACUCCCAGUGAGGAUCCUCAGGAACACUUUGCCAAUAGUGUGUUGAAGUUACAUGAGAAUGAGGGCAGCCCAGGAGGAGCAGAGGGGCAGAGCCCAGAAGAGGGUGCAGUAAGGAGCCAGGCAGACAACACUCGGCUCCAGUGUCAGUUAGGGGGAGGCGGAGGUUUCCUGGAAGGCCUGUUCGGGUGCCUUAAACCCGUAUGGACUAUGAUUGGCAAGGCCUACUCUACAGAGCACAAAAACAAUAAUGAAGAGGAGUGGGAGGUUCCGUUUGAGGAGAUAUCGGACCUGCAGUGGGUCGGUAGUGGUGCUCAAGGUGCUGUCUUCCUCGGGAAGUUCCACGGCGAGGAGGUGGCGGUGAAAAAAGUGAGAAACAUUAAGGAGACGGACAUCAAACACCUGCGCAAGCUCAAACAUCCAAACAUCAUCACCUUCAAGGGCAUUUGUACCCAGGCUCCUUGCUACUGCAUUAUAAUGGAGUACUGUGCCCAGGGUCAGCUGUAUGAGGUCUUGCGCGCUGGCAGGAAGAUCACCCCAUCCUUGCUAAUGGACUGGUCCAUGGGCAUCGCUGGGGGAAUGAACUACCUCCACCUCCACAAGAUUAUUCACAGAGACCUCAAAUCUCCCAACAUGCUGAUCACGUAUGAUGAUCUGGUGAAGAUCUCUGACUUUGGCACCUCCAAGGAGCUGAAUGAUAAAAGCACCAAGAUGUCUUUUGCUGGUACGGUGGCCUGGAUGGCUCCAGAAGUCAUUCGAAAUGAACCUGUAUCAGAAAAGGUGGAUAUCUGGUCUUUCGGGGUGGUGCUGUGGGAGAUGUUGACAGGGGAGGUGCCGUAUAAAGACGUGGACUCAUCUGCCAUCAUCUGGGGGGUGGGAAACAACAGCCUGCAGCUGCCCGUCCCAGACAGCUGCCCCGACGGCUUCAAAAUCCUGCUCCGUCAGUGCUGGAACUUCAAGCCAAGAAACAGACCUUCUUUCCGGCAAAUUCUGCUCCAUUUGGACAUAGCCUCGGCCGACGUGCUGUCCACCCCACAGGAGACUUACUUUAAAUCUCAGGCAGAGUGGAGGGAGGAGGUGAAGCAGCACUUUGAGAAAAUCAAGUCUGAGGGAACCUGUCUACAUCGGCUGGAUGAGGAGCUGAUCCUGAGACGCAGGGAGGAGCUCAGGCAUGCUCUGGACAUUCGUGAGCACUAUGAGAGAAAGCUGGAGAGAGCCAAUAACCUGUACAUGGAGCUCAAUGCUGUCAUGCUUCAGCUGGAACUGAAAGAGAAAGAAUUGCUCAGGCGGGAACAGUCCCUGGAUAAAAAAUACUCAGGUCUGUUCAAACACCACGGCUCCAGACAAGGAGGCUCCUCCAAUUCUAUGGAGAAACUCAUCAACAAACGCAAUGUACCUCAGAAACUCCCAGCACACAGCAAGAGACCUGACCUGCUGAAGUCUGAGGUCAUCCUACCCAAACUGGACUCCUCAAAGACCCAGGUCACCAUCCCCACCACCAAGGGCUCCACCUCUCCGGGCCGGUCACGCCGAGGGAAACCCCGCUACCGUAAGGCCGGGAAGGGUAGCAGCGGGGAUCUGGCAACCCUCAAGGCUACUUUAUCCAGCUCUCUCCGUGACAACUCCUCAAUAAUUACCACCAAAAUCACCUCCAACACCACCUCCACGUCAACCAGCACCACCGCCACAAACCAUUCUGGCAGGCAACACCUGGACCCCAGUGCAGCUCUGAAGGGACUCCAGUACGAUCUGCUCCUGAAGAAGAUGUCCUCUUCCAGCCCAGACCUCAUCUCCACCACCCUGGAGGUGGAGGGACACCGCAGGGCACAGACCCCCAACCUGGAGAGAGGGGGGAGCCUGAGUGCCUCAGCCACGCUGGGAGGGGUCGGCGGGGCAGAGCGGACGGGCAACGCGGGCGGGACAGACGAUUUGACGGAAGCGCUCCCACGCAGCGACACGCCCAGCGAAGACGUGCCGUCUGUCCCUUUUUCCAGCAGCCCUGACUCGCCCUGCGGGAGAGGGGCCGCUGCCGGGAGAGGGUUGGGGUCGUCACGGCUACCGCAGGACGGAGAGGAGAAAGACGAGGGUGGGGGCGUGAUGCGAUCGCCCAGGACCGGUCAGCACCUCACGCCCGCAGCCAUCCUUUACCGGGCGGCGGUCACACGCAGUCAGAGACGAGGAGUGUCUUCAGAAGAAGAAGAGGGCGAAGUGGAUAGUGAAGUGGAGUUGCCACGGCGACGUCGGCCAGUCAGCAUGAGCAAAUGCCAGUCCAUUUCCACCUUCAGCUCAGAAAACCUGUCCGUAUCCGACGGAGAGGAGGGCAACACCACCGACCACUCCCACAGCGGCACGCCUGACGUGGUCAGUACCAACACGGACGAGAGGCUGGACUACAAGAGCGACGACCUGCUCUCCCAGGGCUCAGAGAUCCCGGCCGAUCCCACAGAUCCGGUCCAGGGUUCUGACGGCCUGUCGGAAAAAGAGGCCAUUCUCCAACAGGUCAAGAGUCUGCUUAACACAGAGCCCAACUAUGAGGCCCUUUACGAUGAUUCAGACUGCGACAGCGCCGAACUGGACCACUCGGGCAGCGCUGACCCGAGCCGACCGGCCAGCAACUGGUGA